AUGGUGUUGCAGAUAGAUUCCGUGUGGGGCUGGGCGUCACCCCCGCUGCGCCUCCAGCUAGCCGGGGGGACCAGGGGUGCCUCGGGGAGAGCGGCUGCGGGCGCCCCAUCCUCACAGAGGAUGGGUGAGAUAGUCGUGGAACGCGCUCCUUCCCCAGCACGUCUCAGUCAUACCUCCGAGAAGCAUCCUCGCGCGACACUAACUGAGCUUAAUGUUCUUCGUCGUCAUAGGGAGCUGUGCGACGUUGUUCUCAAUGUUGGCUCCAGGAAGAUAUUCGCGCAUCGCGUCAUCCUUUCAGCAUGUAGCCCAUACUUCAGGGCAAUGUUUACUGGGGAGCUGGCGGAAUCUAGACAGACUGAAGUAACAAUACGCGAUAUAGAUGAAAUGGCUAUGGAGCUACUCAUAGACUUCUGUUACACUUCUCACAUUAUCGUCGAAGAAGCUAAUGUUCAAACUCUCCUUCCAGCAGCGUGCCUUCUUCAAUUAGCGGAAAUUCAAGAUAUAUGUUGCGAAUUUCUCAAACGCCAAUUAGACCCAUCAAAUUGCUUGGGUAUCCGGGCAUUCGCGGAUACCCACUCGUGCCGUGAACUUUUGCGUAUUGCCGAUAAAUUUACUCAACAUAAUUUUCAAGAGGUAAUGGAGAGCGAAGAAUUUUUGUUGCUACCUGUCGGGCAAUUGGUAGACAUUAUUUCGUCGGAUGAAUUAAACGUACGUACGGAGGAGCAGGUUUUUAGCGCCGUGAUGAAUUGGGUGAAAUACAAUGUCACGGAGAGACGACAACAUCUCGCACAGGUCUUGCAACACGUUCGACUGCCGCUACUCAGCCCAAAAUUUUUAGUCGGCACCGUCGGCUCGGAUCUGUUGGUUCGUUCUGACGACGCUUGCAGAGAUCUCGUGGAUGAGGCAAAGAAUUACCUGCUCUUGCCGCAAGAAAGGCCGUUGAUGCAGGGACCCAGAACAAGACCCAGGAAACCUACGAGACGGGGAGAGGUGUUGUUCGCUGUUGGUGGAUGGUGUUCAGGCGACGCCAUUGCCAGCGUCGAGAGAUUUGAUCCUAACACUGCCGAUUGGAAAAUGGUCGCGCCGAUGAGCAAACGGAGAUGCGGAGUGGGCGUAGCGGUGUUAAAUGACUUGUUAUACGCAGUCGGCGGACACGAUGGACAAAGCUACUUAAACAGCAUCGAGCGAUACGAUCCACAAACGAAUCAGUGGUCUUGCGACGUUGCUCCUACCACUUCCUGCAGAACUAGCGUGGGUGUCGCUGUACUGGAUGGAUUUCUGUACGCAGUUGGCGGUCAAGAUGGUGUACAAUGCCUUAAUCACGUGGAGAGAUACGAUCCUAAAGAAAACAAAUGGUCUAAAGUGUCGCCGAUGACUACCAGAAGGUUGGGAGUGGCAGUUGCAGUGCUCGGAGGUUAUUUAUAUGCCAUCGGCGGGUCUGAUGGACAGUCACCCCUUAAUACGGUAGAAAGAUACGAUCCAAGGCAGAAUAAAUGGUCCCAAGUGUCCCCGAUGUCUACGAGACGUAAACAUCUAGGCUGUGCUGUAUUUAAUAAUCUAAUUUAUGCUGUGGGAGGACGAGACGAUUGUAUGGAGCUCUCCAGCGCGGAACGUUAUAAUCCCCAUACGAAUUCAUGGAGUCCUAUAGUAGCAAUGACGUCUAGGAGAAGUGGAGUGGGUCUAGCGGUAGUAAACGGUCAAUUGUAUGCAGUAGGUGGAUUCGACGGAACUGCGUAUCUGAAAACAAUUGAAGUAUACGAUCCGGAACAGAAUCAAUGGAAGUUAUGCGGUUGUAUGAAUUAUAGGAGGCUUGGCGGAGGCGUGGGAGUGAUGCGAGCUCCACAAACCGAAAAUUACAUUUGGUAGCUCAGGCCCCCCUCUUCAGCCCAAAUGGCUGAAACUCCUUUAACUCCUCUUACACCGGUAACGCCAGUUACGCCUGUAACACCUCCCGCUCCUGUAUCGGUUCCUGUUAUAACUAGUACUAGAAAACGCUACCGCCGAUCGAUGAGCAUUAUAUAGGUAAUGUAUGCAUUUUGUAAAAGACUUUGCCUUUCUCUGAAAUUCCGUGCGAGAAAUUCCAUCGAUCUUCGGUAUUUAAUUUAUUAUCAACUUUGAAAUAUUUCUUCGCUCAAUCCAGCGCACAGAUUACGUUGUAGAAAGGAGAAAUGCGGCUGUUCUAUCGGUUUUGCCGUUGUUUUAUAUUUUUAUUACAUUAUUUUAUGAGAUUCUUCAUCAAAGUUAUUUAUAUUAUUUUGUGUUAUGUAAUAUAUAUGCGAAUUCCAGAUGUUUUAGAUUUAAAUGUCUAUACAUAAAGCAUUCUUAAGGAAAUGCUUCAUAACUGUUGUGUGUACACACAAAGUCUCAAACAGCAUUUUAUUAUAUGAUAAAAAAAAAGAAAGGCAAAAUCUCUUCCCUAACAUUCGCCAGAAACAUAUAUAUGUUUUAAAAAGACAUUUACAGCUUCCAUUCUUCGGUAAAUGAUCGAAAAAUAAAAGCUUAAGUUUUCAGUAGAGUUUUAAUUUAAUUGCAAAGGGUCGUUUUUGUACCCAACAAUUCAAGAAUGUAAUAUAAGACAUAAUUAUUUCUCUCUAUCUCUCUAUCUCUCUCUCACACACUCUCGCUCUUUCUCUCUCUCUGUAAGGAUAGUCUGCUUUACAUAUGUAUAUAUAUCUUCUUUUGUUAUAAGACUGAAUUUCAACCAGAGAAUAUUGAGAUACUGAAUUACUAUUACUGCUAAGUACAGUUCACAUUCUUUCGUAAAGAAAUAUCAAGUUCACAUCAUAUUUUCUAUUGAAGUCUACGAAUAAUUUGUACAUCCAAUUAAUUUGAUGCAUUUAUAUUUAUCGACGAUUUGUGACAAAUGCCAAGAUGCACGCCCAAGAAAAAGCAGCUGUGUAAUACUUGAGAUUAUAAAUGAUUUAAACACGACAUUUGAAAUCGUUUCGUCGCGUUGCUGCAAGAAGACGCCAUUUAAUCAACAUCAUCUGUUACAUACGUUUAAAUCUCUACAGAGGAGUAACGUUAUUGUACAAAAUGGUGAUAGGGAUCAUUGACCAAUAAUCUCAUAAUGUAACUUCGUUGUAAUUAUGUAAUUAAGAAUCAGCAGAAUUGGCUAAGGGCGACCAAUAUUACACUAACAAUAAUAAUUGUUUGCGAUUAAUUUUGGUGAAAAUCAAAUGAUACAUGAGAAUUACUGGGAAGAUGUAUAAAAAAAAGGCAAAAGCGUUUACAAACUGUCGCUGUUACAUGUAUGAGACUGUUGAAGGCAGCAAAGUGCAUGUCUAGCGUAAGGACAUAUUGACGAUGUAAUGUAAUUCUUUCUAAGCAGCCGAUCGCAAGGACAAUUAUUCUGAUUUUCUCGAAUCCUACGAUGGCUCAUUAAUGCAUUUCUCAAUUUACCGCUGGACUAUUCUGGAUAGUCCAUUCAUAUUUAAGUUUUAAACUCGUGAUACCAUAGAGGAGAAAUCGUUGUUCAGUUUAAUCAAAUUAAACAUUACAAUGGUACAAAUUAUCGUAAUCGGUAAACGAAGUUCAAAUAAGUGUUCAAUACCCAUCUUGUUUAAUUAAUUCUCAAGUUGCAGCUACGUCCCAGGAGAAUGUAAUAUUAUUGUUUCCACAAUACUUUGUACACAUAAUAUUAGCGAUUUAAUUUUAACUUCUGUCAAAAGUACGUAAGAGAUCGAAUCUUGUAUUGUACCGAAUUUUAACGCCACGUUUUGCCCAUAAAUAAGAAAUAUUGAAAGUGAUUAUGUUAUCAAUUAGCGCGCGUAGUCAAUCCUGAGUAAAGCACGAAGCGUUAAGCGCAAAAUAUAUAUAUUGUUUUCUCAUCUAAUUAAACGAGAUCAAAAACUUGUUCUGUACAACUGUUCAGUACAAAGGAAGAGUCAUAGGAUUUCUUUCCUGUUCUUUAUCAAUAAAUUAAAGAAAGUGCGCAUUAGAAAUUUGCGCGAACCAUUA